AUGAUCGCUGGUCGAGGUCCAGUGACCUUCAGUGUCACUGUGGCCAUGUGCGUGCUGGCCACAGUCUUCGUCGCUGCACGCUUCUUUACUCGCAUCUACAUCGUUCGAUCAGUUAAGAAAGACGAUUGGUGGAUAUUAGCAGCAUGGUUAUGUGCACUUGCCUUUUCAAUCGCCAUAUGUAUAGGCGUGUCGGACGGCCUCGGUGUCCAUUGGGAUGACAUACAAAGCGGUACACGGGACGACUUCAGAAGAGCUCAAUACGCCUACUCGAUCCUCUACAAUCCAUGCCUGAUGCUCACCAAAACCUCAAUCAUCGUCUUCUACCUGUCGGUCAUGAGCAAAGAUGCCGAUCCGAUCUUCAAGUGGUGUGAUUGGAUUACACUGGCCGUGGUGAAUAUAGCAGGGUUGGCCUUGACAUGUCUGAACAUCUUCCAGUGUCGUCCCAUUCCUGCGGGGUACCUUUACCCAACCCCGGAAGAUGCAUCCUGUACCGACAUCGUUACUCUUUAUCUCUCCUCUGCACCUGUCAACAUUAUCACAGACCUGGCUCUCCUCUUGUUACCCAUGCCCAUCCUUACCGGACUGCGACUUCCGCGAAAACAAAAGAUUAUUCUCAUCUGUACAUUCAGCGCCGGCAUAUUUGUUGUGGUGGUCGAUAUUGUGAGGAUAGCUUACCUGCAAAAUGCGUCUCUUGACAGAUUUACGACAAUCGAUACAGGUGGUGGUACUCAGAGGAUUGUUGAGACAUCUGAUUUCUCUUGGGACGCUAGUCUGAGCUUCAUGUGGAGUGCAAUCGAGGUCAACAUUGGCAUCAUCUGCGCCUGCGUCCCUAGUCUCAAAGCACUGUUCUUGAAGUUUGCACCGAGCUUCAUUAAGGACAAUGACUCAGGCAUCGACUCUGGAGGCAGCAUGGAUGGCUUCGAUAAACAGGAACCGCUGAGCACAAUGAAUACCAAUGCCAAUGUCCUCACUCAUCCUGCCGCUUUCAGAACACCCACCAUUGCAGAGUAUGCCGGCGACGACGAUGGGGAUUUCAUGGGCUUCUUGAACAUGCUUGCUGAUGAGCCUGAGCGUCGCGAGAGACCGCGAAAGUCUUCUAUCACAUCGCGGGCUCUGACACGAACCACCUCAGCUGUAUCAGCCACAUCCGACUUUGGUUUCGUCAAGAUGGACAAGAACAGGAAUAUGCUAAAGCUGACCAACCGACAGAGUCUAUGGGCUGUGUUUGUUGUUACCGCGAUCUUCUUUCUUUGGGGCUUCGCAUAUGGUUUGUUGGAUGUCCUAAACUCCCAGUUCCAGAGUGUCGCCAAUUUGUCACAAGGUCAAGCGCACGGUCUGCAUGGAGCUUACUACGCCGGUUACUUCGUUGGACCUCUGACCCUGGGACGCUUCUUUCUCCAUCGUUAUGGCUUCAAAUCCACAAUGAUCCUCGGCCUUUGCCUGUACGGGUGUGGUACUCUCGUCUUCUGGCCAUCUGCAGUCCUUCUGUCAUACCCAGCCUUCAUCGUCUCAAACUUUAUUGUCGGUUGUGGUCUGUCUUGCCUCGAAGUGGCAUCGAACCCUUACAUCGCUCUCUGUGGUCCGCUUGAAUAUGCAGAAGUCAGACUGAAUUUCUCUCAAGCGUUUCAGGCAGUUGGAUCUGUAUGCUCACCUCUAUUAGCCCAAAAGGUUUUGUUCAAGAGUGUCGCUAAUAGUACAUCAUCUUUGGUCAGUGUUCAGUGGGCUUAUCUUGGAAUAUCACUUUUCGAUUUCCUUCUCGCCCUCAUUUUUUACUACAUACCUCUCCCUGAAGCCACAGAAGAGCAACUCGAGGAGCAAGCCGAGCGGCGGUCAGCUGUCUAUCGUACGCGUGUCAAACCAUUCAACAUACGUGUCGUGUGGGUUACACUUGGGCUCGGCUGUUUUGCUCAGUGGUGUUAUGUUGGUGCUCAGGAAGGCAAUGGCUUCUCUGCAAGCAGUCUGAUAGCUCAACUUGGUGGCGAUAGAUUAAGAACAGGUCAGCUGGACACUCUCGAUUUCGAGACGUUGAACCGUACCUCGUUCGCCCUCGGUCGCUUCUUGGGAUCCUUCCUAAACUACGUCAUCAAACCACGCUGGCUGCUCAUGAGUUGUUUCACAGGCAGUAUCAUCCUGGUCGCUCUUCAGAUGAAUGCAGAUGGGGCAACUGGUAUCAUCAUUAAUAACUUGAUAAAUUUCUUCCAAGGCAGCAUUUUCCCAAUAGUGUACGCAAUCAGUAUGCGAGGUAUGGGCGAUCAGACCUUCAACGCAGCAGCUUUAAUGACCGCAACCAUAUCUUCAGGUGCUGUAGUGCCGCCAAUUGUCUGGGCGGUCAGGAAUGCAAGAGGUCUCAAAUACAGCUACAGUGUCAUCUUGGCGAUAUACUGUUUCGGAUCCAUCUUCGCCCUUUACCUCAACCUUGUGCCAGCGGCUAUACGUCAAGUCGACCCCGUCCACGAGAACCGGAGUCGUAGACGGAGAACAUUUAGACGAGCAACCACUGCACGAACAAACAGCCAGUUCUCCGAGACAGGUGUGUCAGAGAUAACAGAAGAGAAGCAAUUUGGCAUUCAAGGUAUUAUCGCAAGACGAAGAAAGAAUCACAAAAAGCACAUGUCAGGCGUGUCUUUCUUGCCAUCAUCGCAACACAUUGAAGAGUCAGAUCCAAACAUGUCUCCGUUAAGUCCAAAGCAGAGCCGUCAGGACGAUGACAGCUUGACUAGCACGAGCAUAACAACGCCAGCUCCAGCGAAGGUGCAUAAUCGUCAACGUCGAGUGUCCCUCCAACCAGAUGUACACUAUAUCGAGCCAGAUGCACGCCACGAAGAAGUACCGACCAUUGAAGAGUCUGAUGCGCCAGACCUCACCAUGUCAGGCGGAAGUGGCGAGGAUCUAGGUGUGCCACCACCCCAACCUCCGAGGCGGGAGUGGACCGAGGAGGACGAUGUGCGCGAUGAUUACCAUAAAAUUCUGAUGGCUGUAAGAUGA